UCAAAAUAAAAGUAAUCAAGAGCAUAUAUUCUACGAAUUUUGAUGAUGUUUACAACAACGAUAAUCUAAAAUCAGAAGAUAUCUAAAUCUAGAUAUUUAGAUGACGUGUACGAUUUCAAUUAGUUACAACUAAAGUUGAUGAAAUUCUUUGUUGUAGAGAAAAGUGGAUAAUAUAUCAACAAAUAAGUUGAAGAAACUAAAGAUCAACAUCUUCCAAAGUAAACAUGAGGGCACUCAUUUUAGUUGGUGGAUAUGGAACGAGGCUUAGACCUUUAACUUUGAGCAGACCAAAACCGUUAGUAGAAUUUGCGAACAAACCAAUAUUACUACAUCAGAUUGAAGCUUUAGUGGAAGCAGGAGUUACAGAAGUUAUUUUGGCUGUUUCGUAUAGAGCUGAACAAAUGGAACAAGAACUUACUGUUGAAGCAACAAAGCUUGGGAUCAAUAUAAUUUUUUCACAUGAAACUGAACCCCUUGGAACUGCAGGUCCUUUAGCAUUAGCAAAAGAAUAUCUUGAAAAAAGUGACAAACCUUUUUUUGUAUUAAAUUCUGAUAUCAUAUGCGAUUUUCCCUUCAGAGAGUUAGCCAAAUUUCAUGAGGCGAAGGGUAAAGAGGGCACAAUAGUUGUUACAAAAGUGGAAGAACCUUCUAAGUAUGGAGUAGUUGUUUAUGAUAAGGAUAACUGUGUUGAAAAUUUUGUAGAAAAACCUCAAGAGUUUAUUUCUAAUAAAAUCAAUGCUGGUCUCUAUAUUUUGAACCCUGCUGUUCUAAAAAGAAUAGAACUGAGACCUACAUCUAUUGAGAAGGAGGUAUUUCCUGGUAUGGCCAAAGAAAAACAACUUUGUGCCUUUGAAUUAGAAGGAUUUUGGAUGGAUGUUGGCCAACCUAAAGAUUUUUUGACUGGCAUGUGCCUUUACCUAAAAUUUUUAAGAACUAAACGUCCAAGUCUCUUAUAUAAAGCACCAGGAGUUGUAGGAAAUGUCUUGGUAGACCCUACUGCUAAAAUUGGUAAUAACUGUCAAAUAGGACCAAAUGUUACCAUAGGACCAGGUGUUACAAUUGAAGAUGGGGUUUGUGUAAAGCGAAGCACAAUAUUAAGAGAUGUUAAGAUAAGGUCAAAUUCUUGGUUGGAAAGUUGUAUAGUAGGUUGGAGGUGCUCUGUAGGUCGUUGGGUGAGAAUGGAGGGUAUUACAGUACUAGGUGAAGAUGUUAUUGUAACUGAUGAAACGUACAUAAAUGGAGGACAAGUGUUGCCGCACAAGAAUAUUGUUAAUUCAGUCCCAGAUCCACAAAUUAUUAUGUAAUUCCAAAUUCAUCUUCAUUUAUUGAAUUUAGUGAUUGAAAGCAAAAAUGGAGAUGAUGCAAUUAUGCAAAUAUUGUUCAACAUUCCCAAUGACUUAUGAUUUUAGAUGGAAUAUUGUUUUAUAAUGUAAGGACAUUAUUUAUUUAUAAGGUGUUUUUUACUUGAAAACCUUUGAAUGUGUGCAAUUAAUUAAUUAAUAAAGUGAGGUUCUUAUCUGAAA